CUGUUUGCAAUUAAGGCUAUUUAAGUUGAUCCUUUUUCUACCUUGGUUGUCGGGACAUUGAUGAUGAGUUUUUAUCGAUUCUCUAUUCCCUGGUGGCCAUAGACGAUCCUGUUUGAUGCCAAGCGCAAGUCAAUGCUCCACAUUUCCUGACUCGGAUGUUAUCCUUCCCCCUGAGUCACGGACCGUAUCACAGCCAGCCAGAAUCAUCGUGGAAGUCGCACAUUAGGCUUUGACCACCUUUGUGUCAGCGUCCUGGGAGCUUCAGAGAGAGGACAUCCUUUUUUUUUUUACACCUGGCUUUGAAUCGAGAAGGCCCCACGCGAAAUAACAAGAAGGAGCCCACGGCCCCCUCCCCCCGCCAGCAUCUGCACCAGCAUGGCGGACGACCGGCAGCCGGAAGACGGUGCCUCCCAGUGGGACCCAGCAGGGGGCCAGGAGCCCAGUGGUACCCACGGAGCCAACGGUUUCUCCUCGUCCUCGUACAGAAGUUGCCAGACCGCCGGCAGCCACGCGCCCUCGGUGCCCUUCUCCGGCAGGGAGAACGGCUUCAACGGGGAGCUGACAGGUGCCCACGCUGUGACGGCAGAACAAGUGUCCGCUAGGAUCGUGCAGGAAGUGACGGCAGAGGCGGUGGCGGUGCUGAAGGGGGAGCAAGAGAGUCAGAGACUGCCAUCAGUUGAAGACACCACCAACUUACCGCCUUCACCUCCUCCUUCACCUGCUGCAGAGCACGUGGCUCUUCUGGAUCAAGAUGUAGGGGAUGAGGAGGAGGCGGGCCCUCUCCGCCGCUUCCAAAAUUCCCGGGAGAGGUGCAAGUUCCUCGCCCCCUCCAUCUCAGUGUCCGUGCCCGAGGACGACCCCUACCACUCCGACGAGGAGUACUAUGAGCACCCCUUGUUCAGCCCCGAGUGGACGCACUCGGGCGCCCGCCCCGCGGGGCAGACCGUGGCCUUUAGACAGAUUGAAGAAGAGACCAUGGAGGCUCUUACAGCUGAAUACGAAGAGGUGGAUGAUGAUGAUGAGGAUGAUGAGGAGGAUGAUGAUGAGGAGGAGGAAAGUACAGAGGCAGCUAUUGAUGAGCAGCAAUGGAGCGGGGAAGAGCUUGACCUGGACAGCCCCCGAGCUGAACCUUUAGAACAGGCAGAGGGCGUAGACAAGGACCAGGAUCUAGACCUGGGGCCGGGCGAAGCAGCUAGCGCUGCGGCAGAGAGCUCUAUGGACAUAGAGGAGGAAGAGGAGGAUGAUGAGGGUGAGGAGAGCCCUGAGACAGCUGUGAAGAUGGACUCAGAAAAAACUGCGAGUGUGAAAAGUGGUUCCAUGAGCCCAGACAGCAUCGGAUCUGAGAAACAUCCGGAGGAGCUUGUCGAGCCCCAGAGCCAGGGGUUCUUCGCUGGAGAACGAGUUGUACCAGAAAGUCCCACCAUUGAUACGCCGUCCUUUAUACCUCCUGCUGUUCAAAACCAAGCCAAAGAAUCUGCCAAAUCAAUCACCCUUCAGCCUGUUUAUGGUGAGCCCCUCACCGUGUCAGAGAAACAGCCAUCGGUGGAGGUGGUGGAGUUCAGCAGCUUUGGUGGCCCAUCUGAAUUAUCCUCAAUAGGAGCCAACGUGGAAGGAGGAAACUUGACCGGUGAUGCAGUGUCAGCAUAUUUUGAAACAUCGGCCACUGACGUUCAUGUGGCUCCCCAGAGCAAAAGCGAGGGUUAUUAUGAACUGAGCAGAGUUGAUGAAGAGAACAAAACCAGUGAUUCCAAGUCACAGGAGAUGCAGGAUAGUGGUGACGUUCGAAAGGCAGAAGAAACACACCUUUUCUCAGUUUCUGACAAAAGUAAUGACUCCAAGCUUUCCCCAGGUAAACUGGCUUUGGAGCAAAGGAGCUACUCCCUAAACAUUACUAUCGGCGCAUUGGAUCAAAGUGGUCAGUGCAGAAUGAGGAACUUUUCCCCAUUGGCCACGGAUAUCAUGUCAUACACCAGCGGAAGUCUUGAUGAGACCGCAGACUACCUCCCUAUCACCACUCCCUCCGGAGAGAAGCCACCUCCUUUUCCUCCACUGAUACUGGAAACCGCAGCAUCAAUCACUUCAGAUUCUUCAUCUCCACCCCGGAUGGCCGAGGAAGUUUUAGACCCCAGCCAAGGACCUGAGUCACCGCAGCCGUGCGAGAGAAGCCCUAACAACGCAGUCAUGGCCCAGGACUUGCCUGAGAUGCUUGAUCUUGCCGGGAGUCGCUCCAGGCUGACGUCUGAAGACGCCGAUCCAGAAAUCGUACGGAGAAAGUCAAUUCAAGCGGAUGUUCCUAUUUUUUCGGAUGACUCACUGGUGAGCUUUGUCUCAGGUGAACACAGUCCUGGAAUCCAAAAGAGUGACAGUCAGCUAGAAGAGUUGGGCUAUUGUGUGUUUAGUGAAUACUCUGGGCCUAUGCCAUCCCCCGCAGAUUUGAUUAGUCCAACCAACACUUCUGCACAGAUCUUUACCCCCUCUGUUCUUGUGGAGAAAGUUGCUGAACAAGCCCGGAAACUAGCAGUGCGAGACGCGUCUGAGGAAGAUAAGAGCUUGACUCCUGGGGAAGUGGUCAGUGAGGAAAAAGAGAAGGCGGCAAGGAAAGAUUCUGCUGAAGAAGAAGAUCAAAAGGACACGAAUGACCAGCUGAAUGAAUCAGUAAGUAAGGAGGUGAGAAGAUCUGCCCUGCCAGGCGAGUCCUUUGUGACACCGACUGUCACUGUGACUUUAGAAGAAGAUGGCAGCUCGGGAAGUGAGACAGAGCGUCAAGCUAGUGCCGAAGGCUCCGCUUCUGAAACUGAGAUCGCUGACUAUGAGCGGCAGAUCCGCAAACUGGAGAUGGAAGACCGGCCUCUCAGUAUGGAGGAGGAACGAGAGCUGCAGGAACUCCGGGAGAAAGUGAAGCUGGUGCACCAAGAAGCUUAUGAGGAGGUAGAUGCUGAAGAUGUGUACCAGUUGACGGGAGUAGCCAAAGAUCGCAUUGCAAGGCCUGUAAAAACGUCACCCACUUCCUCUGUGGAAAGUAAUAUUGACGACGACAAACUGCUCUCGCCAGUGCUCUCACCGUCCAAGCUCAAACAAAAAGAACUUUAUGGCUCCCCUAAAAGAUCAGUCUCACCUGUGUUAGCAGCAACCAAAGAUGCAAAAGAGGACUCUGAUAGAAAAAUGAGAGAACAGAAAGAAAAGGAAGCAACUGAAAAGAAAGUAAAGGAUGAGAAACAGGAAGCAGAGAAAAUAGUUGGAGAAGAGACAGAACAGAAGCCGAAUGAAAUCAAAGACAAAGAAGAGGCAGGAAAGAUGAAAAUGGAAGUAAAGGAAACGGAGAAAGAGCAGGAGAUGAAACAGAAAGAAGAGAGAGAGAAAGAGGAUAAUGAGGUAAAAGAAAAGGAACAGAGAGAGAUGAUUGCGAAAAAAAGGAUAGAAGAAGAGGAGAGGGAGCAGAAAGAAAAAGAAGAGGCAGAAAGAAUUGAGAAAGAAAGGAAAGAAAACGAGACAAGGGAGCUAAGAGAAAAAGAAGAGGCAGAACGAAUUGAGAAGGAGAGAAAAGAAAAGGAAGAGAAGGAACUAAAACAAAAGGAAGAGAGAGAAAGAGAAGAGAAGGAGUUGAGGGAGCUGAAAGAAAAAGAAGAGAGAGAAAGAAAAGAGGAGGAGGAGAGGGAACUGAAAGAAAAGGAAGAGAAAGCAAGAAAAGAGAAGGAGGAGAGAGAACUGAAAGAAAAGGAAGAGAAAGCAAGAAAAGAGGAGGAGGAGAGGAAACUGAAAGAAACGGAAGAGAAAGAAAGAAAAGAGAAGGAGGAAAGGGAACUGAAAGAAAAGGAAGAGAAAGCAAGAAAAGAGAAGGAGGAGAGGGAACUGAAAGAAACGGAAGAGAAAGCAAGAAAAGAGAAGGAGAUGCUGACAGAAAAGGAAGAGAAAGAACGGAAGGAGAAAGAGGAGAAGGAGAUUAAAGAAAGAGAAGAGCAGGAAAAGGUUGAGAGAGAAAGGAACGAGAAAGAAGAUCGAGAAGAGAAAGGAAAGAAGGAGGCAGAAGAGAAGCAAAGAAAAGAAAGGGAGGAGAAAGAGUUGAAGGAAAAGGAGGAGAAGGUCCAACAGGAGCUGAAAAAGGCUGAGGAGAUAAAGGCGGUGGCUAGCGAGGAAGGUGAAGAUGAGGAGUUAGCGAGAGGACCUGAGGUCACUGAGACUUGUGCUGCCAUCGAGUCUGUGGUCACCGUAGAAGACGACUUCAUCACUGUGGUCCAGACCAUCGAUGAAGCAGAAGAACCGGGUCACAGUGUUCGUUUCUCGGCUCCACCUGAAGCUGAAGUCCUCUGUAUCCCUGGUGGGGAAGAGGAAGAGGAAGGGGAAGACCAGGAAGAAGAGGAGGAGUCAGUGGAGUUGGUCCAGGAGGCCGACGUUGAGGCUGCAAGCUUUGAAGAAGUUUGUGAAAUCCCUGACAACCUCGCAUCUCCUGGGCGGGAAGCUCCGACUGAAGGUCUGACAGAAAGUUAUGACAAGGAUGAAACCACCAUGGACGACUCCAUCUUGGACAGCUCCUGGGUGGACGCACAAGAUGAUGACAAGAGCAUGGCUACAGAGCAAAUGGAGUCCUUGCCAGAGGGCCGUGUCCAACAGACCGUGGUGCAGAAUCAGCAGACGGAGCAGAAAAGGAUAGAGAAGCCAGUCAAGCCCAGAGCCAAAGCAGGGCGGGUCAAAGGCAGAAUCGCCACUCCCGAACGCAAGCCUCUUCGCAAGGAACCCGUUUACAUGUCCAGAGAGGAGGUCAAGAAGAAGAAAGCCGUGGCAACGAAGAGCGAGCUCGCCAAAAAAACCGAGUCCCCGUCGAAGAGGAGCGGUCCAAAACCGGCUUUCCGCCAAACUCGGCCCACCCAGCAUCAUUCGGUUCCCAGGAGGAGACUCACAGAAGCACUUUCAGAUGGUCGUCAGCCGCUCUCGGUUGCUCGGCGGUCCUGCGACAGAGCCUUGGACGGUCGAUCCCGCAGCCCCGACAAGACGAGCUCCGCGCCGAGGCAUGCCACUUCUCUCAGUCGCCGUGGUUACCACGAGCAUGAGGACAGUUCAACCUCCAUCACCAGUUCCGGUUCAACGGCUCCUCGCAGACCCAUGUCAUGCCGUGCUGCGAUGCGGGCAGAGUACAGGACGGGUCGAGCUGCCACCAUGACAGCGGUGUCAGAGCCCGUGCGCUCCCGUUCAGCCCGCAGCGGCCACUCCACGCCCCGUACCCCGGGCUCCAGCGCCGUCACCCCGGGGACGCCUCCCAGCUACUCCUCGUCCUCCAGGACCCCGGGGACCCCUCGCUCCCUCAGCCGGAUUUCCCAAGAGAGGAGGGUGGCGGUGGUGCGCACCCCGCCCAAGUCGCCCGCCACCACGCCCAAGCAGCUUCGCAUCAUCAACCAACCUCUUCCUGACUUCAAGCGGGUCAAGUCCAAGGUCGGGUCCAUAGACAACAUCAAGUACCAGCCCAAAGGUGGACAGGUCCUCAUCCCCACUGUUAGGCUGGACUUUAGCCACGUUCAGUCCAGGUGCGGCUCCUUGGACAGGCGGGGCUACUCAGCAGGAGGUGGAAAUGUGCAGAUCCAGAACAAGAAGAUCGACCUGAGUCAUGUGACGUCUAAGUGCGGCUCCCUGGACAACAUCCACCAUCGUCCAGGAGGCGGCAAUGUUCGCAUCGAGAGUGUGAAACUGGACUUCAAGGACAAAGCCCAAGCCAAGGUGGGCUCUUUGGACAAUGCUCACCACACUCCCGGAGGAGGCCGUUUUACAAUCGAGAGCCACAGGCUGACGUUCCGCGACCAAGCCAAGGCGCGGGUGGACCACGGGGCCGAGAUCGUGGUGCGCUCGCCGGGCCGGUCCCGCUCCAUGUCGCCCCAGUGCCAGCGGGACAGCCACCUGUCCUCCGCCGGCAGUCUCAACAUGGCGGAGUCGCCGCAGUUAGCGACCUUAGCCGAGGACGUUAGCGCCGCCCUGGCCAAGCAGGGUUUGUGAAGACGCAUCACGGACCUUUUCCCGCCUUCACAGCCUCCCGGACUGACUCCGCCUCUCCUAAAGAACUCUUUAUUUCUGCCUGUUGCUUCUUGAUUCCCCUUUGAGACCUCGUCGCUUAGACUAGUCGGCUUCUGGUCCUAGGUCCUGUAGGGUUAAGUGUACAUAGAGUACGUUAUUGCGGGGGGGGGCUGGGGGGCUCGACCUUACUGAUCCUGGUCCUGUUUUAGACCAGCUCCAUCAGGGGUGUCCAAACUUUGGCCUGAAUAAUCAAAACAUCCAUCCAUUUUUUCUACCGUUUGUCCCUUUCAUGAUAUUUGUAAUUUUCAAACUAUUACAAUAUUUAUAGAUUUUUUUUUCGGGGACCCAGAAUGGUCUCAGUCAUAACAUUAAAAAAAUAAGCCAUAUAUUGUUAUUAUCAUUAUAAUUUUAUUCAACACUUAAAUCGCGUCGAUAUAACGUUUUUAUUCAUUUUUUUGUUUUUAUAUUUUGGGUCCUUUUUUGUCAAAACCCAGUUUUUUUUAUGGCAUAAACACAAAAUGUGCAAUAUAUUGCCUAAAGAAAAUCAAAAAACUUGAUGUGCAACAAUUGGAGCCUUAAAUAGGUCAAUAACUCAUAACAUUGAUUUUAAUUUAUUAUAAUUUUUUGAGGAAUGUUAGCUUUAAAAAAAAAAAAUAACACUAAAUUUCUUGGGGAUCCAAAAGGGUCCCACACAAGUCUUUUAAACAUUUUUUUUUUUUAACUUUUGACGCUUAAAUCUUGAGAUCACAAAUGUAUCUGUUGAUAUGUUUUUAUUAUGUGUAUGUUAUUUUUUUGUUUGUUUGUUUUAUGCCCUUUUGUCAUAAACUGUUCUUUUUAUGGCAAAAACACAAAAUAUGCAAUCUUUCCCCCACAAAAUAUUUCAAAAUGGAAAAUUAGAUGUGAAGUAAUUGUACCCUUGAAUAGGUCAAUAACUCAUAACAUUCAUUAUUAUUUUUUGAGGAAUGUUAGCUUUUAAAAAGAAAAAAAUCACACUAAAAUUCUUGGGGACCCAAAAGGGUCCCACACAAGUCUUUUACAUGUUU